AUGCUCGAAUACCAGGAUGCCGAGCUUUUCCUAGUGCUCCCCAGGCUCGUUCUCCUUUGCAGCCUGUCAGACGAGAGGAAUGCCGAGGUGGAAGCUGCAGAGAGCUUGUUGCUCCCACUGGCCUUGCGUCAAUUAGAGGCCGUCGGAGUGGAAUCAAAGUUGACUGGUGCUGCUUCGAUGUAUCGAGGUGGCACGGAGGGAGGGGCCGACAAGUCGAGAAACGCCUACAGUCGCCUAACAAUCAAUCAGGAGCCCUCCUCCAACUGCUGGGCAUAUUCUAGGUUCGACUGCAUGUCGGAGAGCCCGAAGUGGCUCCAGAGCGAGUUUUUGUACUGUACAGUCAUUGGGGAGCACGACUGGUCGGAGCAAGAUCGGAUUGCAAGAGUGCAGGUCUUGCUGAGAACAGGAAGCGUAGCACUGACAGAUGGCCCGUGGAAAGCGAUGGGUGACACCAAGUGGGGCUUCGCUACGAAUUACGCUCAUCGCACACUUCCCUUCAAGUGGCACCAUGCAGGAUACAGCUACUACGACCAGAAUAGCAGUUUGAAAACAACUUUCCGGCCAACGUCCAUGCCCGCAUAUCGGGAUGAUUUUCUUCCGUUGGAUACCAACUACAAAGAGCGCGAGCAGAACAAUCGAUGGGCUAUGUCCUGCUACGGAUGCCACCGGAAUCCGGCAUGGCACGACACACUGCGAGCGCCACGCAAUCCUUUUGCCGGCAGCAAGCUGCAAGAGAUGAGGUACAUGCGGGAAUUUGGAGCAAAGCCCUCCUCUGCGCCAACGACGCCGCGCCGAUCUGAGCCCCAGCAACAGACCCAUGCCCGCGCCUGCUCAACUUCUCGGUCCACGCCGAGGAGGAGGAUGAAGACAGAGGAUGUGUUCCAAGCCUCGCAUUUCGGAAAGUGGGCAGACUGA